AUGUCGCGAUACAAUAUGGACAUUGACACGAACCUAACUUUCUCAAAUAAUAAUACGUUUCGAAUACAAUCUUAUGCUAACCAAUUUGCGACAUAUUUGAAGGAGGAAAACUAUGAUCCUUUAGCUAAGUUGUUAAGCAUAAGUGAGGAGCAUUCGAAAAAUCUUGCGGGAGCGCUUGACAGUGGAACCGCACGUUAUGAAGAUAUACAACAUCAUUUCACGAAACCAUGGUCUGAAAUAGUAUCUUUACACUUUAAAGUUUUAUUAGCAUAUUACAGACGAGAGUAUAUUAAUGCAUUUAAUGCCCAACUCGCUUUAGUAAAGGAAGCUUUUACGAAUUUAAAUUUACAAAUAUUUUAUAAGGUGAAUUGGGAUUUGAGAAAAGUUGCUAUUGAGGCUGAUAAAGAAUUAAAGCAAUCAGGCCAAAAACCUAAAUAUCUCGAAGAAACAGGACGUGUUUUGAAUAAAUCCUUUAGCAUGUGUGUGACAGACAGAGCACCAAAAGGUGUAUCGAAGCAAUGGGGAACUUACUAUAUUGCAAAUUUAUUGAUCAAAACACAUCAUAAGCUUGGCCACGAGAAUCUAUGUAAAAAUAUUUUGCGAGGUGUAAAUUCUGCCGAUUUGCCGCCACUUGAAGAUUACCCCAAAGCGCAUCAAAUUACUUUUAAAUAUUACAAUGGUCUGCUCUGCUUUGCCGAUCAACAAUAUGCACAGUCCGAAGAGUUCUUAAAAGGAGCCUUCAGAAUGUGUCCAAUUUCAUAUACAAGGAAUAAAGAGUUAGGGGGCUCAAUUAUCUCAUUAAUUUAUGAUUCUUUACACUAUAACGGAAAGGGCGUUCUUCCUACAAAUGCAUUAAUCGAUCGUUAUCCUAGACUUAAGACAUUGUAUUCUCCAUUUAUAAAUGCCAUUCGGACAGGGAACGUCAAAGCUUUCGAUUUGGCUUUUGCAAACGCAGAGCAUAUAUUAAUCGAACAUGGAACCUAUUUAACAAUUGAAAAGGCUAGAAUGGUUUCCGUCAAGAAUUUAUUCAAAAAAGUUUGGAGCCAUAAUAACAAAGGUUCAAAACUCCCAAUGUCCCAAUUCUUAACUGCGUUGAGAUUUGCCGGCAUAGAUGCCGAUAUGGCAGAAAUUGCAUGGACUUUGUCCGUGAUGAUUCACAUGGGAUUUAUCAAAGGAUAUUUAUCACAAUCGAAACUGAUGGUUGUUUUAAGCACCAAAGAACCUUUCCCAUCCCAAGUUAAUGUUUGA